UGACAUAGAACACAGAAAUAUAAAAUUUUAACAAACAUGAUAAGAGAAUAAAUCAAAAAUGGAUUCUGCAGAAGACGAAUUCUUCAGCAUAUGCUUGAAUCUAACCGACGAAGAACUGAACAGUUUCGGUGGAUGCAACUACAGCGCUGAAUAUGAAAAUGGCGAGCUCUUGGAGAAAGUCGUGUCACGAGUUGUUCCGAUCUUCUUCGGUUUCAUUGGUAUCGUCGGUUUGGUCGGCAACGCCUUGGUCGUUCUGGUGGUGGCUGCAAAUCCUGGCAUGAGAUCGACCACCAAUCUCCUCAUCAUCAACCUUGCAGUCGCCGAUUUGCUCUUCGUAACCUUCUGCGUGCCGUUCACAGCCACCGAUUAUGUUAUGCCAAGAUGGCCAUUCGGUGACUGGUGGUGCAAAGUUGUUCAAUACUUUAUCGUGGUCACUGCUCAUGCGUCAGUCUACACAUUGGUCUUGAUGUCCUUGGAUAGAUUUAUGGCGGUUGUACAUCCGAUAGCCUCUAUGUCUAUCAGAACUGAGAAAAACGCAUUAAUGGCUAUAGGUUGCAUUUGGGUAGUUAUUCUGACCACCGCUAUACCUGUUGGUAUUUGUCAUGGCGAAAGGGAGUACUCCUAUUUUCAUAGAAAUCAUUCGUCAUGCGUCUUUUUAGAAGACCACGGGUACAGCAAGUGGGGAUUUCAACUAUCUUUCUUUCUAUCCUCUUACGUGGUACCUCUAGCAUUGAUAAGCGUUCUAUACAUGUGUAUGCUGACGAGGUUAUGGAAGAGUGCUCCUGGGGGAAGAGUAUCUGCAGAAAGUAGGAGAGGAAGAAAGAAAGUUACUAGAAUGGUUGUGGUCGUGGUUGUGGUAUUCGCAGUUUGCUGGUGUCCUAUUCAGAUAAUCCUGCUGGUGAAGGCGCUAGACAAGUACACAAUAACGUACUUCUCUGUGACGGCGCAGAUCGUGUCGCAUGUGCUCGCCUACAUGAAUAGCUGCGUCAACCCCGUGCUCUACGCUUUUCUCUCCGAAAACUUCAGGGUCGCCUUUAGGAAGGUAAUGUAUUGUCCGCCGCCAUACACCGACGUCACCUCCGGUCGUCCUCAACCGACGAAGACGACCAGAACGGGCAACGGUAACUCAUGUCACGACAUCGUCUGAGAAUCGCUGCCGGGUCGCGCGCGACGCAACGAGCAAAUCAGCGUCGUUUAAUCACAAAGUGCGACCCAAACCAUCAUUCGAAUCCUAAAUACGUAAUUGAUAUUUUCAAGUUAUGCUAACCUUUGA